AUGUUCGGGAUCCAGGACAACCUGCCCCGCGGGGCCACGGCCAGCAUGAAGGAGGAGCCGCUAGCUGUUCGCUCUUGGAUGCACUCGGCCGGCGUGGUGGACGCCAACACGGCCGCUCAGAGCGGGGUGGGGUUAGCUCGUGCUCACUUUGAGAAGCAGCCUCCAUCGAACCUCAGGAAGUCGAACUUCUUCCACUUUGUUCUGGCGCUGUACGACCGCCAGGGUCAGCCGGUCGAGAUCGAACGCACCGCCUACGUCGACUUCGUGGAAAAAGAGAAGGAGCCGACGGGAGAGAAGACAAACAACGGGAUUCAUUAUAAACUGCAGCUGCUCUACAGUAAUGGUGUGAGGACUGAACAGGACCUCUACGUCCGACUCAUCGACUCCAUGACCAAACAGGCGAUCAUCUAUGAAGGUCAGGACAAGAACCCAGAGAUGUGCAGAGUUCUGCUCACACAUGAGAUCAUGUGCAGUCGCUGCUGUGAUAAGAAGAGCUGUGGAAACAGAAAUGAAACCCCGUCAGACCCUGUCAUCAUCGACAGGUUCUUCUUGAAGUUCUUCCUCAAGUGUAACCAGAACUGUCUGAAGAACGCUGGGAACCCACGAGACAUGAGGAGGUUUCAGGUGGUGAUGUCCACGACGGUGAACGUUGACGGACACGUCCUCGCCGUCUCCGACAACAUGUUCGUCCACAACAACUCCAAACAUGGCCGCCGAGCCCGGAGACUUGAUCCGUCUGAAGCCACUCCCUGUAUUAAAGCCAUCAGUCCCAGCGAGGGCUGGACGACCGGCGGAGCGACCGUCAUUCUGAUCGGGGACAACUUCUUUGACGGCCUGCAGGUCGUGUUUGGCACCAUGCUGGUGUGGAGCGAGUUGAUCACCCCUCACGCCAUCCGGGUCCAGACCCCCCCUCGCCACAUCCCCGGUGUCGUCGAGGUCACUCUGUCCUACAAAUCCAAACAGUUCUGUAAAGGAGCGCCGGGACGAUUCGUCUACACAGCGCUAAACGAGCCAACUAUAGAUUACGGCUUCCAGAGGUUACAGAAGGUCAUCCCUCGUCAUCCCGGAGACCCAGAGAGACUUCCCAAGGAGGUGUUGCUGAAGAGAGCAGCUGACCUGGUGGAGGCGCUGUACGGGAUGCCCCACAACAACCAGGAGAUCAUCCUGAAGAGGGCAGCAGACAUCGCUGAGGCGCUCUACAGCGCCCCCAGGAACCACACCCAGAUCCCGUCGCUGGGCAACAGCAUGAUGGGAGUGAACUCGUUCAGUGGACAGCUGUCCGUCAACGUCUCCGAGGCAACGCAAGGUACGAGUGACCUCGGUUACAGUCGGAACACAAGCAGCGUGUCGCCACGGGGAUAUGGCCCCACCUCCACCCCCCAACAGAGUAACUAUGGCAACAGCGUCAAUAACAACAUGAACGGUUACGGUAACACGGGAAUGCCGAACCUCGGAGUGACAUCAUCACCGGGUUUCCUCAACGGCUCGUCUGCCAGCGCUCCCUACGGCAUUGUCCCCUCCAGUCCAACGAUGGCCGUUUCAAACUGCAACUCGUCUCAUGGAGUUUUCUCCUUCUCUGCUGCCGUCAAGCAGAAGAGCGCCUUCGCUCCUGUUGUCCGACCGCCAUCGUCUCCACCUCCUCCACCCAACUGCAGUGCAAACAACGGACUGCAGGGCAUGUCCGGCCUCGUCGUCCCUCCCAUGUAAGACAUCCUCCUCCUGAACAACAGCACCAAUCACCUGACAGGAGGAGGGGCUUCAGGCAGCAGCUGACCAGUCAAGGGAGCCUAUUCCUCCUGUCAAUCACAGUAGAACAAACUGUCGUCAGUGACAGGACUGAGAAAAAGGAACAGGACGUUGUUGUGUCCACUGAUUUCUUGUAAAUAUUACUCUGUGUUUAGGGGGCGGGGUCUUUGGGUGUUACAACUGUGAUGUCACACCUGUGUGAUGACAUCAUUUCCUGUACACGUGAUUUCAUUUUGAUUGAAGAAACGAUUAACUGACACAGAAAAAUGGUUACGAUCACACCCAUCCAUGAGCAGGAAACUUCCCAUCAUGCCUUGCAUCAAAAAACAAACGGUCUUGGUUAAGAUUAUGAUUAAGAUGCAUUUAUUAGUCCCAAACACAGACACACUCAUGCAGGUAGGGAAAUGUAACCUCUGCUUUUGACCCAUCUGGUGCAGGACACACAGAGCAGUGAGCGACCAGGUACGGCGCUCGGGAGCAGAUGUUGGGGGAGUAAGGUGCCUUGCUCAGGGGCACUAGACAGGGUAGGGAGACUCUUGGAUUUUUGGACAGAUCAAUCCAGGUUCCUCUUUUGUUGUCUCUCUGUGGAGUCGAACCAGAGACUAACCAGAGACCUUCUCUGCCCAUAGUUCAAGUUUCUGCCACUAGACCACCGCCUCUCCAAGGGUUAAAGGGACGUCACGACCUAAUAACUGAAACAUGAAUAAAAAGGACUAAUGCAAAUUGUCUCAUCUUUUGGCCCCACCCCUUGUUAUUUUAGCUCCGCCCCACAUGCAUGUUUUUUAUUUUUCUUCAUGCUUCCAUUGUUAAAAAUGAAUCCUGCAUCCUGAUAGGCUACUGUGACUGUCCGUCUUCUUGUUCAAAGUUGUCUUUAAUCAUAGCCCCUCCCUCAACUCCCAAGUUUUGUCCCCAACACUUAAGCCCCGCCCAUUUGUUUGUGUGGGUUUCGUACUUUUUGCCAAAGUUGUAGUUGGAUGAAUAUUUAUAUGUCACUGUGGUUGGUCACGUCCCCGCCCCCCCACUGACGUCAAUGUUUUGUAACAUAAAAAAUAUAAAUAUGUAUUUAUACCUUAGUGUGUGUAUGUUUGUGUGUGUGUGUACGUCAA